AUGAAUGCACCACGGCGGGGCCGUUCGCGUAGUCCUGAUAAUAGUGCUGAGGGUCCAUUGCUUCGGAGGCGAAUUUCCCGUGUGAGUGUGCCGUUUGAGGACUCUGCUGAUGCUAGUGAACGCCGUGGUGGUCUCACACAAGAAGAGUGGACACAACUAUACGAGCGUGUACUUCCAAAUCCCAUCAGUAAGAAUGAAUUUCAACGUGUAAUGCUGGAAGGGAAAUUACAUGAUCAUUUUCUUGCAAAGGAUUUACAUAAAUUAGUGAUGGAACUACGUGCUAUUUUAGAAAGUCAUGGUGAAUUGAGAAUGGCUGAUAAAUUGGCGGUAAAGGGGCGUAAACAAGAUUUGGCAGAGGCAGUAGCUACAUCACUGAGGUUAUUAGAGUUGAAGCGAAGACAUCCUCUUUCAGAAGAUAUCUUGGCAACAGGAGGGAUGGAACGAGUUCAAUCCCCACGAGUCAUGCUUGCUGCAAACCCAGAACGAAUCACUGUAAGACCAUCAACAUCGCAAACAUUAAAAUUCUGUUAUCCUACAACUAGUUAUGGACUUUUGGGAGUAUCACAAACACAAGGGCAUCGUUUUGGAACACAAUUAACUUUUAAUGACUCAAUACGUACUUCAGUAGAUGAAAAUAUUAAUGGAUCAUCUUCGUUUUUGACAUCUGUAACGAAGGAUGAAAUUUCAUUAAUGAAUGAAUCAAGUUCUCCGUUUACUCGCGUACUAAACGUGGUAAGUAGGUUUCAACUUCGAUUUGGUAGUAUUCCCAUAAUGUUUGAAAUUCCUGUGCAGUACGUGGAUUCUGUGGUUUCUAGGCGACUUCGAGUACAACUAGCACCUUUUCGUAAUCCAGCAAUACCAACACGUUGGCCUACAGCAAAGGAUAUUGCAGUUUAUGUGAACGAUCAGUGUGUCACGACACCUUGGAAACGUUCUUGGCCAGAACGUCGUGUAGAGGUCGCGAAAACUUUCCUUCCUUUGGAUGUAACACAAUUUCUUAAUCGAAAUAGCACUACUCAGAGAAUGCAGAUAAAUGUAUUUUCAAGAGAAUUUUUUAGUCAAGUGGCACUUAUGAUUGUUCAACCAGUAUCUGUAGAUGAGGUGAUAAAUAAUCUCGUAAAACCGCUUAGUGGUCUACAAGAUUCACGUGAUGCUGCAAUUUAUGAAUUGUACCGAACGGCAGUUGAAGAUGAAGAUGGUCUUAUGGGUGAGGUAGAAAUAGAUGAUCCUGUUAUUACUAGUAAAUGUCCUAUUUUACAAACACGGAUGAAUAUCCCUAUUCGUGGAAUCUCCUGUAAACACCUUCAAUGCUUUGAUUGCCAGUCUUUCUUGCUUAGCUGUCAUAAAGGUUCUUACUGGAACUGCCCUUUAUGUGAUGCAGAACUUCGUCCGCGGGAUGUAGUGGUAGAUACUGUGUUAUGGCGUUAUUUGCAAGAGACAGGAAAUAAUUGUCCCCUUCACUUACGAUUAAUGAGUACACGUACAGUGGAAAACACUAAAAGUGACGGAGGUGACGUUAUUAAAACAAAAGAAGGAAGUAAGUCAGUGACGUUCUCAUUCCGCUGGGUACCUAACCGUCACACGGGUGGUGCUAAUGAUGUUCUUGUGGAAGACGAUAGUGACGAGAGUAAGGAGGAGGAAAAUAACUUUCAACCCUGUUUUCAGGAAGUAUUGAAAGGACAAAAUUUAGGCGAAAAGGAGCCUGAAACGGCUGCUGGGAACGUAAUGCAUGAUGUUCAAUUGGGGACUGCUGAUUGUCCAAUUGAGCUUUGA